AUGGGGCUGCUUCUCAUGAUCCUGGCGUCGGCCGUGCUGGGCUCCUUCCUCACGCUCCUCACCCAGUUCCUGCUGCUCUACCGCAAACAGCCCGAGCCGCCGCCGGACGAGGCCGCCCGCGCGGCCGACGGCUUCCGCUACAUCAAGCCGGUGCCGGGCCUGCCCCUGAGAGAGUACCUUUAUGGCGGCGGCGGCGGCGGCGGCGGCGGGGCUGAGGAGCCCUCUGGCGGGCCCCCCGAGGGCGGCGCGACCCCUGCCCCCGAGACCCCCGCCCCGCCGACGCGGGAGACCUGCUACUUUCUCAACGCCAUCAUCCUGUUCUUGUUCCGGGAGCUGAGGGACACCGCACUGGCCCGCCGCUGGGUCACCAAGAAGAUCAAGGUGGAGUUCGAGGAGCUGCUGCAGACCAAGACGGCUGGGCGCCUGCUGGAGGGACUGAGCCUGCGGGACGUGUUCCUGGGCGAGACCGUGCCCUUCAUCAAGACCAUCCGGCUCCUCGGGCCCGUAGCGCCCUCGGCCACCGGGGAGCCCGACGGCCCCGAGGGGGAGGCGCUGCCCCCCGCCACCACCCCCGAGGAGCUGGCCUUCGAAGCGGAGGUGGAGUACAACGGGGGCUUCCACCUGGCCAUCGACGUGGACUUGGUCUUCGGCAAGUCCGCUUACCUAUUCGUCAAGCUCUCACGGGUGGUGGGGAGGCUGCGCUUCGUCCUCACCCGCGUGCCCUUCACCCACUGGUUCUUCUCUUUCGUGGAGGACCCGCUGAUCGACUUCGAGGUGCGCUCCCAGUUCGAAGGGCGGCCCCUGCCCCAGCUCACCUCCUUCAUCGUCAACCAGCUCAAGAAGAUCAUCAAGCGCAAGCACACCCUCCCGAGUUACAAGAUCAGGUAUAAGCCUUUUUUCCCGUUCCAAACCUUGCAAGGAUUUGAAGACGACGACGAAGAGCUUAUCCAUAUACAACAAUGGGCACUUACUGAAGGCCGCCUUAAAGUUACAUUGCUAGAAUGUAGCAGAUUACUUAUUUUUGGAUCAUAUGACACUGAAGCAAAUAUUCAUUGCACACUUGAACUGAGUACUGGUGUUUGGGAAGAAAAGCAAAGGAGUUCUAUUAAGACGGUUGAAUUAAUAAAGGGGAAUUUACAAAGUGUCGGACUUACACUUCGUCUUGUCCAGUCAACUGACGGCUAUGCUGGGCACGUCAUAAUUGAGACUGUGGCCCCAAAUUCACCUGCUGCAAUUGCUAACCUUCAGCGGGGAGAUCGACUGAUUGCUAUUGGAGGUGUGAAAAUCACAUCUACACUGCAGGUGCUGAAGCUCAUCAAGCAGGCUGGUGACCGAGUGCUGGUAUAUUAUGAGAGGCCUGUUGGCCGGAGUAAUCAGGGUACAGUGCUGCAGGAUAACUUUGGACAGCUGGAAGAAAACUUUCUGACAGGCUCCUGCCAACCGAACUUUGAAGAGGAAGCCACUGGGUUGGCAGUAGAUGCUGAAAAUAGAGACCUGGAUUCUGAAUUUGAAGACUUAGCAAGUGAUGUCAGAGCACAAGCUGAAGUCAGAGAGGAGGCACAGUCGCUAAGUCACAGCCCCAAGCGAACUCCAACAACGCUUUCUGUGAAACCCCUUGGAACUAUAUCACCUGUUUUAAACCGUAAAUUAGCUGUAGGAAGUUACCCACCACCACCAAAACUUCCAUCCAAAGAAGGAAAUAAGCCCUUAGCCCUAAAAUCUUCUGAGGUAACAGAACCAGCACCAGUGUCAAAACCCACCCAAGGAUCCACUUUCAAACCACCUGUGCCACCACGACCGCAAGUCAAAGUUCCUUUGCCUUCUACUGAUACCCCGACUCAGGCUGAACCAGAUAUUUCUGUUGAAAAGCCAGAGAAGGUGCUGCCACCGCCUCCUGCAGAUAAACCUGCUGAAAAGCAAGUGAAGAAUCUGGAUCACAUAGAAGAAGCAGCUGCAGCUAAGCAGUUUUUAGCCAAGCAAGAAGUGGCAAAAGAUCUGAUUUCUGAAAGCACCUGCGCCCCUAAGGACAGUUCAGAUGACCAUCAAACGUGGGAAUCAUCGGAAAUUCCUUAUCGCAAGAAGCUGGGAAAAUGGACAAGAACCAGAGCCAGCUGUUUCUUUGACAUAGAAGCCUGCCACAGGUACUUAAACAUUGCCCUGUGGUGCAGGGACCCUUUCAAACUAGGGGGUCUCAUCUGCUUGGGGCACGUGAGCUUGAAACUUGAAGAGGUGGCGUUAGGAUGCUUAGCUACUUCGAACAUGGAGUACCUUUCCAAGUUCAGACUGGAAGCUCCGUCACCUAAGGCCAUGGUCACGAGAACCGCACUGCGCAAUUUGAGUAUGCAGAAGGGGUUCAACGACAAGUUCUGCUACGGCGACAUUACUGUUCACUUCAAAUAUUUGAAAGAAGGAGAGCCAGACCACGCAGUUACUAACUUAGAGAAAGAAAAAGAACUCCAUUUGGUUGAAGAGGUUUCUGCCCUGCCUAAAGAGGAACAUUUUGUUGGACAAAUGGGUUUAACAGAAAAUAAACACAGUUUCCAGGACACUCAGUUCCAGAACCCGACUUGGUGUGAUUACUGUAAGAAAAAAGUGUGGACUAAAGCUGCUUCCCAGUGUAUGGUCUGUGCUUAUGUCUGCCAUAAAAAAUGUCAGGAAAAGUGUCUAGCCGAGACUCCUCUUUGUGGAGCAACGGAUCAGCGGAUAGACCGGGCCCUGAAAAAUCUCAGGCUGGAAGGACAAGAAACCCUCUUAGGCCUGCCCCCUCGUGUUGAUGCUGAAGCUGGAAAGUCAGUCAACAGAACAACAGGUUUGACGAGACAUAUUAUCAAUACUAGCUCUCGUUUGUUAAACCUGCGUCAAGUCUCCAAAACUCGCCUGUCUGAGCCAGGAACUGACCUAGUAGAACCUUCACCAAAACAGACACCCAACACAUCAGACAAUGAAGGCAGUGACACAGAGGUCUGUGGUUCAAAUAGCCCUUCUAAACGGGGCAACAGCGCAGGAAUAAAGUUAGUGAAAAAGGAGGGUGGUCUGGAUGAUAGCGUUUUCAUUGCCGUUAAAGAGAUCGGUCGUGAUCUGUACAGGGGCUUGCCUACAGAGGAGAGGAUUCAGAAACUAGAGUUCAUGCUAGAUAAACUGCAGAAUGAAAUUGAUCAGGAGUUGGAACAUAAUAAUUCCCUUGUUAGAGAAGAAAAAGAGACAACUGACACAAGGAAAAAGUUACUUCUUUCUGCUGCUUUGGCUAAAUCUGGUGAAAGACUGCAAGCUCUUACACUUCUUAUGAUCCACUACAGAGCAGGCAUUGAAGACAUUGAAUCUUCAGAAAGUCCAGACCAGCACUCCAAGAAAAUCAGCAAGUACACAGAUGACACAGAAGAAGACCUCGACAGUGAGAUAACCCAACUCAUAGACUCUCAGCCAUUCAGUAGCAUAUCAGAUGACUUAUUUGGCCCAUCUGAGUCUGUGUAACAGUCCAUAUUUAAACUUACAGGUGAUUGAGGAGAAGUUGCAUCUAAAGUACCAUAGAUACAACCACGUUUAAACCCUCUCAUUAUGCACUUUGGCCUGCUUCUUCACAGUUAUUUACUUGUGUGAGAACUAGAGUGGAAAAGGUGGUUUUCCAGCUAAAACAUGACCAGCCCACUAAAUUGGUUGUUUCAGAUUGCAUUUAUAGCUAUGCUUUUUUGGGUUUAUACUGGGGAUUUAUUUUUACUAAUUUAUUUUUAACUUUUUCUAAUUAUGUAAUUAUGUAAGCUAACUUUUUGUGUUUAUGUAUGUGUGAUGUCUCAUCGUGUUUUUUUCCCCCUUCUCUUCCUAGUUUUUGAAUUAGUGUUAAAUAGCAUCCUGUCCAGAUUCUUGAAAUAUUUUCACUUCCAUCACGGUUGUAACAACAAAUUUGCUGCAUGCCCAACUUGACAACAGCAAUCAUUGAGGGAACAGGUUUUGAAUCUUACUUUGUGUUAUGAAGUUUGUAAUUUCUACUUGCUUGAGAUUUUUGUUAUUUUGGGGUUUGGAGGUUAUGCUUUCUGUUUUGAUUUUG